CUCCGCUCUCUUCUCGCGAUAAGAGCCGGGGAGCGCUUUGACAGGCAGUCGAGGUCGCAGCGGGCGGAGGGAGAGACGGUGGAAGGAAGGUAACGCAGGGAGGCAGCAUCAUGGCGGACAGAGACAGUGGCAGUGACCACGGAGGGCCCGCCGCAGGCCCCUGCUCGCUGGCCGCCGGCGCGAUUGGCGCCGUGUCGCGGCUGCAGCACGACACCGAGGAGCUCGCCUCCAAGCGGGUCGACAUCCAGAACAAGCGCUUCUACCUCGACGUCAAGCAGAACGUGAAAGGACGCUUCCUGAAGAUAGCCGAGGUCGGCGCGGGGGGGAACAAGAGCCGCCUCACGCUCUCCAUGUCGGUGGCCGUGGAGUUCCGCGAUUACCUCGGGGACUUUAUCGAACAUUACGCCCAGCUGGGCCCGAGCAACCCCGACUUGGUGCACGACGAGCCGCGGCGGGCGCUGAAGAGCGAGUUCUUGGUGCGGGAGAACCGGAAAUAUUACAUGGAUCUGAAGGAGAACCAGAGGGGGCGGUUCCUGAGGAUCCGGCAGACAGUCAACCGGGGGCCCGGGCUGGGGAGCUCGCAAGGCCAGACCAUCGCGCUGCCGGCGCAGGGGCUGAUCGAGUUCCGCGACGCCUUGGCCAAACUCAUCGACGACUACGGCGUGGACGAGGAGCCCGCCGAGCUCCCGGAGGGCACCUCGCUCACCGUGGACAACAAGCGCUUCUUCUUCGACGUGGGCUCCAACAAGUACGGCGUCUUCAUGCGGGUCAGCGAGGUCAAGCCCACCUACAGGAACUCCAUCACGGUUCCCUGCAAAGUCUGGUCCAAAUUCGGCAACACCUUCUGCAAGUACGCGGAGGAGAUGCGGAAGAUCCAGGAGAGGAGUCGAGAGAAACGGGCCUCGGAACUGCUGCCUGAAGGCCCGCACGGCGCCGACGACGCCGACGAUGACUGACUUCUUUUGGGGGGAAAAAGUUGAUAUCAAGAAAAAGAAGAUCUCACCCCCCUGCGCUCCCCAUCACACACACACACACACACACACACACAGGGGCGCUGCUAGGGAUUUUGGGCCCCAGGAAAAUAAUCUUUACAGGGCCCCCAACACAUAAUUUCAUAUAAUUUCAUCAUCAUUAGGGGCCUCUCUGGGCCCCCCCAUCAUGGGCCCCUAGAAUCCUUCUCCUUUACGCCCCCCCCCCCCCCCCUUUGGCGCCCCUGCACACACACACACACACGCACAUUCUUGAAUUUGUUACCUUCUUGAGACAUCCGAAAAAUACCUCUUUUGGGCCACCAUUUCUAGAUAUAUAAAUAUUUGUAUUUACAACGUUAAAUACAAAUAAUAUUGUAUAUUUCUGCCUUUGCACCUGUCAAUGUUUGCUUUUUUAUGCACAAUAUAUCAACCAAAAAUCCUGACUUUGGAGUAAUGUUCUCAGACUAGUAUUUGGCUCUCUAUUAGAUGCAAUGGUUUUCCGUAUUGCGACCAUGAUUUCGGUCCUAACUUUUUCAUACGUAAGAUACUUUUCGUUGUUGAUGUCUCAAGAAGGGUAGAAAUACAGGAACACAUACACAAACGCACACAUACAUUCUUGAAUUUGUUACCUUCUUGAGACCUCCAAAAAAUACCUCUUUUGGGCCACCAUUUCUAGAUAUAUAAAGAUUUGUAUUUACAACAUUAAUUCCAAAUAAUAUCGUAUAUUGCUGCCUUUGCACCUGUCAAUGUUUGCUUUUUUUAUGCACAAUAUAUCAACCAAAAAUCCUGACUUUGGAGCAAUGUUCACAGACUAGUAUUUGGCUCUCUAUUAGAUGCAAUGGUUUUCCGUAUUGCGACCAUGAUUUCGGUCCUAACUUUUUCAUAUGUAAGGUACUUUUUGUUGUUGAUGUCUCAAGAAGGGUAGAAAUACAGGAACACAUACGCACACACACACACAAACGCACACACACACACACAUUCUUGAAUUUGUUACCUUCUUGAGACCUCCAAAAAAUACCUCUUUUGGGCCACCAUUUGUAGAUAUAUAAAGAUAUGUAUUUACAACAUUAAUUCCAAAUAAUAUCGUAUAUUGCUGCCUUUGCACCUGUUUAUUUUUGUACGCACAAUAUAUCAACCAAAAAUCCUGACUUUGGAGCAAUGUUCACGGACUAUAGUAUUUGGCUCUCUAUUAGAUGCAAUGGUUUUCCGUAUUGGGACCAGGAUUUCGGUCCUAACUUGUUCAUAUGUAAGGUACUUUUCGUUGUUGAUGUCUCAAGAAGGGUAGAAAUACAGGAACACACACACGCAUGCACACACGUACGCACACACACACGCACGCACACACACACGCAAGGCACCUGGAUGUCACCCACGUUAUACUACCAUGUCACAGUAAAGCGCUGCUAUCCAGGACUGUCACGGUUAUCUACUUGAUUUCAGUACAAGAAAAAAAAAAAAAGCAGAAUGUUUUGCACAGCUAAUAUUAUAAAACCACAAAUCGGCACAAGAGAACAUGUAUUACAACCGAAAUUGCAGAUUCCGAUAUGAUAAGCGCGCUACAAGUGUUAUCCAAUGCAAAAAGAAAAAACCUGGCAUGCUUGUAGGCUCAUAUUGUGCACAGAAAUGUAAUUUGACCUUAAAAAAAUGUGUGCUCUUACGCAGAUCACAUGCACAUCCAACAAAUGGGAUACAGUCCAUAUCUCUGCUUAUCAUAAGGACCCAUCUCCAUAGAAAUGAAAAAAAAAGUGCUAACUUAGAUGUACUAAUUAUGAUUUUGUGAAUCAGCUGUAAAAAGAUCCUUAUUAAGAUACCCACGUUUUCUGUGGGGAGAAUUUGUGUUGUUUAGUUUUUUGUUUUGUUUUUCCUUGUGGGAGCGUUACAAAUGCUAAAAGGUCCACUUGGGCGUAGUGCAAAGGCGUGAUAUUGAAUUGAAUUAUAUAUAUAUAUAAAUAUAUAUAUUAAAAAUAAAAAAAAAGACACGCCUGCUCAGUGCAGGCAUCUUACAUCAUUACAACCCGUGCCUUAUACACUCCACUCGUUUACGUGUCCUCACGUGGAUGGUCCGUCACCGUAGACCUCUGUCCACUUUCAUUUUACGAGUGCUAUGUUAGGCAGAAACAAACUCCACACCGACCAGGAUCCACACCCUCGUGGAUGUGAGGCAGUGACACCAAGAGGAAGCUAACAUGCUCGUGUGGCGGCCUAUUCUCCACUUGUUGCACACGUACAGUCUGUUAAAAUCAAAGUCGGCUCGGUUGAGACAUUUUUUCAAGUGCAUAGCGGCGACGAAACGAGGCGUCCUUUUCUACAUGAGCGCAGGGCCUAGGUGGUAAAUAUCUCUUUAUGGUGCUAUCGCUCCAAUGUUGCUCCUUUGCUCGCUUGUACAUAACUUAUGCAUUCUAGUCCUUCUGACUCUCCUUCUCAUAUCCAUUGUGUUUGUCCGACACCGUGUCUGGUUUCUCCCUCUCAGACAGAGGUGCAGACACCGACCACGUGGGGACAAGUCAUAUUAGCGUGCAAUAUUCCAUGUGUCACGUACAGUCGUGAUCAAAAGUUUACAUACACUUGUAAAGAACAUAAUGUCACGGCUGUGUUGGAGUUUCCAAUAAUUUCUACAGCUCUUAUUUUUUUGUGAUAGAGCAAUUGGAGCACAUACUUGUUGGUCACAAAAUACAUUAUUGAAGUUUGGUUCUUUUAUGAAUUUAAUAUUGGUCUUCUAAAAAUGUGACCAAAUCUGCUGGGUCACAAGUAUACAUACAGCAAUGUUAAUAUUUGCUUACAUGUCCCUUGGCAGGUUUCACCGCAAUAAGGCUGUCACGAUGGGGGGGUAGAAGCUUGCUGCGCGGUCGUUCUCCCAGGGAGGCAGACGGACUACUACAUGGCGUUUAGGUAAAAACAUGAUUUAAUCUUCACCAAAAAAAGGAACAAACAAAAAGGCACACAAGGCGAAAACACAACUUAGACCUAACUAUGGACAGGAAACAAAAAUCGCUAACUAUGACAUGAAUAAAUGAAAACUUACUUGGCAUGGCAUGAAGCAUGAAACUAUGGCAAAGCAUGAAACAAGUCAGCACACAGCAAGAAAAUAACUCAAUGACGCCAGGCCGACUGACCGGCAAUGGCAGGCUUAAAUAAUGCCUCUGAUUAGUGCUCGGGUAGCAGGUGAGCGGCCGAACACUAAUCAGAGAAAGGUGAACGCAAUUACCGUAUUUCCUUGACUUGCCGCAGGGCAUAUAGUAUGCGCCUGCCUUGAAUUACUGCCAGGUCAAACUCGCUUCGCAGAAUAAUUAGCGCUGGCUUAGUAUUACCGCCUGGUCAAACUCGUGACGUUACGAGUGACACUUCCCCUGUCAUCAUUUUCAAAAUGGAGGAGCCUGAUUUCAAUACCGGUAAUUUGAAAUUGCAUAAAGGGAAAAAGAUUAAGAGCUUUUCAGUAGGAUUUAAGGUCUAAGCUUACAUCACACUCAAAUUUUUACUGCAUACCUUUUGUAAGUGCCAGAGUGAGAAGAGGUAUUAAAAUAAUUAGCACAUGCUUACUUUUACCGCAUGCCUUUGGUAAGCGCAGGAGUGAGAAGAGGUCUUAAAUUAAUUAGCGCCCCGGCGGAAAUUCAAAGAAAUACGGUAGCAGCAAUGGCAACAAAACAAAGGAGUGAAAAAAACAGGAAUUUAAAGAGUUUUAAGGUCAACAGAACAAGGCCAAACAAGACAUGAUCAAAAAGACAUGAUAAAGGCGCUUUUGGUAGCCAUCCACAAGCUUCUGGUUGAAUUUUUGACCACAAAAUAUCAGCUAAAUUUGUUGGUUUUCUGACAUGGACUUGUUUCUUCAGCAUUGUUCACACCUUUAAGUCAGCACUUAACACUAUGCCUACCGUCAAGAAUGGUGGUGGUAUAAUUAUGCUUUGGGCCUGUUUUGCUGCCAAUAGAACUGGUGCUUUAAAUGGGACUAUGAAAAAGGAGGAUUACCUCCAAAUUCUUUAGGACAACCUAAAAUCAUCAGCCCAGAAGUUGGGUCUUGGGCGCAGUUGGGUGUUCCAACAGGACAAUGACCCCAAACACACGUCAAAAGUGGUUAAGGAAUGACUAAAUAAGGCUCGAAUUAAGGUUUUAGAAUGGCCUUCCCAAAGUCCUGAUGUAAAUGUGUGGACAAUGCUGAAAAAACAAGUCCAUGUCAGAAAACCAACACAUUUAGCUGAACUGCACCAAUUUUGUUAAGAGGAGUGGUCAAAAAUUCAACCAGAAGCUUGUGGAUGUCUACCAAAGGUGCCUUAUUGCAGUGAAACUUGCCAAGGGACAUGUAACCAAAUAUUAACAUUUUCAGUAGACCCAUGAUAAAGUCAUAAAAGAACCAAACUUCAUGAAUGUUUUUUUUGUGACCAUCAAGUAUGUGCUCCAAUCACUCUAUCACAAUAAAAUAAGAUUUGUAGAAAUUAUUGGAGACUCAAGACAGCCAUGACAUUAUGUUCUUUACAAGUGUAUGUAAACUUUUGAUCGCGACUGUACGUCAAAACUAAAACACAGUACAUAGUGAUUUAUAGAUAUUCAAAAAGCAUGAUCAUGUGCUUAAUAAUGUGUUAGUGUUUUGUUUUCUCAAAGGUUCAGAAGUAUUUUGGAUCAGCGUGUGGAAUUUGAUACAUUGAAUUCAAACGUGGACAUGUUGGCAUACACUCACUUAGGGGUCUCACUAACACUCGCACACACAGCCUUCCCCCCCUGCGGAGGCCUCAUGUUGCUUUUGGAGUGUUUGGGAGGUCUCUACAGUACUUCCAAUGAGGCCCACUAUCAUUAGAAUCCAUUCUCGAGUGACCCAUGUCUCUACUGUACCAACCAACCGCAGUAGAAAAUACAAGCCGUGUAGUAUUCUUAAAAAAAACAGUAAAAAAAAAAAAAAAAUGCUUUGUUUGACUGCAAAAGUUAACCUGUGUUUGAUUUUUCAGAAAAGUUUAAACGUCAGUCGGAGUUUGAGUGAAAGGCCUAAAAAAGCCAAGGACACAAUUAGAUCUAGAUUUCAUACAUUAGUUGUUUCUGUGGCUAUGUGAGUUUUUUUUCUAUGACCAUAUAUAAGAGCAAGCUUACUCAAUAUCAUUCUUGGAGUGACAAUUUGAUUGAAAAUCGAUGCUCCACUCAAACCUAUUCUCACUAUAUAUUAUUUGAUAUAAAAACGAUCAUACCAUUUUUUUAAAACAGAUUACAGGUUACAAAAUCUCCCCUUGGCUACCGACGUUUGAUUUGUGAAAACGAUCUAAAAGUAUCUGAAACAAACUUAAGAUUCUCGAUUUAGAUGGUGAAUGGAUUAUUUUCAGCACACCUGAAUUGAUUAACGCGGACCCCGACUUAAACAAGUUGAAAAACUUAUUCGGGUGUUACCAUUUAGUGGUCAAUUGUACGGAAUAUGUACUGAACUGUGCAAUCUACUAAUAAAAGUCUCCAAUAAAUCAACCAAUCACCUAUAGUAGGGAUUGGCUCUCGCGUGAGAGCAAUGCAUUCCGCUGAAAACUAUGGAAAGCAUCAGCAACUGAUGCUGUGGUCAAAGUUGGAACAGGUUUUAGGAAACACUCUACUGCCGUUUGGCGGGUAAAGUGAGUGUAAAAUGCAUAUUGGUUGUAGUUCUGAUUACCAAAUUUGUCACAUUACAUGUGUCAGGUAAACCAUGACAAAUAGGGCCAUAUGAAACAUCUGGUGAUACUCAUAGAACACAAUAAAAUGCACACAUCUCCCGUCCAAAGGCAAAACCCAGUAACUCAAUUUUGGUCAAAACUGAGAUGAUAAUAAUUUUGGAGUUCCUAGGUGAUAUGCUUUACAUUAGUGUAUGCGAUAUUGUAAUUUGUUCCGUAAGUAAGCUGUUACGCGCAUGGCAGGACCUAGCAACUACCACAUAACCGGAUAGAUACAACAGAAAAACCUAGUAUCUCAAGGGACCAAUCGGAGCUUCUUUGUCAGUCGUCUUACUGUCUUUAAUGAGACAUUUGCACGAAUGGGGGCCGACGGUCAACCUGAUUAUGUAAUAUUAUGGCACGAGGGGAUAUUUGGAAGAUUGGCCCAGGACGUUGCAAGCACCUUCAUUAAAUGUAUUGUUCUUGAUUCUUUCCCUUGCAUACUCUUUUGGGCAGAUAACUGUGGAGGUCAAAAUAAAAACUGGACGCUGUACACGGCUCUUGCCCAAUGUGCAAACGCAGAAUGGGGCACACCCGAGAUUGUUAUAAAAUAUCUGGAGAAAGGGCACACGUUCAUGAGAGCAGAUUCAAUCCAUGGCUCAAUCGGCAAGAAAAUGAAAGCUCAUGAAAACAUCUAUACGUUUGAUGACUUUGUAGAUCUUUGUAAGACAGCAUCAAGAUAGAUUGGUUUUCCCUUGUUUUCUCAAAAUCAGCUAGAAGUGAGUUACUAGGUUUUGCCUUUGGACGGGAGACUUGUUACAGUACAGUGGAACACAUUUAUGUGGACUCCCCGUCCCUUGCUUCCAUGUUUUUAUUAUUUACUCAAAAGUGCCUGCUUAAGUUGACAUAAGCAUACAAGGCCAAUCUUUUUUGUUAAUUUCAGAUCCAAAGGGGUAACUUUUAUGAAAAUGUGUGGCAGUAUCUAACGUCAUUAUUAAAAACUGACACUUUAACGUUCAAAGCCGGUGCUUUUCUCCUUAGGCGGUAGACGUCUGACAAAAUUGCACAAUUUGAGGAAAGCGGUGUACUUGUAGAAUCCCUUUGUCGCCUUAUCCCGCUGGCUGAAGUCCCAAGUAUAUAUGCUAUCGCCAUGGUUACUUAAACGGGUUCCACUGUAUUGUUGUGGUAUACCAACCUCUGCACAGAUUUACGGCAUGGGUCUCUAACAAGUAACUUGUGGUGGUGUCCUGUCUACCAAAACUGGACAAUAUCGAACUUCUAUCAGGCGUUUUUGUCCCUCACUGGCCAAUAGCAGCCUAUGGUCACAUGACUCCUCGAUAACCCCCCCCCCCCACAGAGGCGCUUGUCUUCUGUUGGCGCGCACAGCAAUUUGUUGUGCCCAUCACUGGGAUGGACUGUGCUGUUGUGUUGUUUUAAAGAUCGCAAGGAAUAUUGUUAUAAAGAUUUCAAGAAAGUGUAGGUUUUAUCUCAAGCCCUUUACCAUCCCAUGUGAGAUAAUAUGUUGUAUCUUUCAAAAAAAAUUGGGUGUGUGUGUACAUAUAUGUAUGUAUGUAUACUUAUAUGUGUAUAUAUAUAUACAUAUAUAGAGUAAAUAUGUAAAUGUUUGUUAUAUAUGAUGCUCCUCCUUUCAGAAGAAAAUAUAACACGAUGUAAACAGGAAAAACAUACUGCGUUUUUCUUUUGCUUUGUAUAUUUAUACUUACAGAAGUACAUUGCACUUUAGAUAUAUUAAGAAGACUCCAAGUCUGCAUAUUAUUUUUGAUAGGGAUCUAAUUCAAAGAUGAUAAAUUACAAGCUUUGUGACUAUUGCUGGACAGCGAUGUAUUGAGUUAUUAAAGUAUAUUUUGUCUGUGUCAGAAAGUUUACUGCAUGAUAAAGUAGUGCUAUACACCGAUAUUGUUUUUUUAAGUUGGUAAAAAAAAAAAUGUCUGAAAACUGUGAUUACAACCCUCUUGUAAGUUCAAGCUCUCCCCACCCUUUGGAGGAAAUGUCCUGUUGAAUUAUGGCCUUUCCUGAUUCAUGACGAUGGUGCUUACUUGUACUUUGACACGGAGCUCAUCUUGUACAUCUCAGCAUCGUCAAAGCUUGUGUCCUCACGCUCCAUUCACCACCUUUAUUAAAUUUCUGUUGAUGGCAAAAAAAAAAAAAUUGGAAAAUGGUGUGCUGUUUUGUACAGUGCUGUUUGUUUUUAAUGUUUGGGGGAGUCUUGUUGUCUGAAAAAUGAUUAAUCAUGCAAUAAAAGGUCAUUCCAUG